CUGUUUCAUCAGCAAAGCGUUUUAAAAGUUUUUCUCAGCCUCCUCCUCCUCCUCUUCAGUCUCCUCCCCCCCCCUUUUGGGCUACCUGGCCUUCCAGUUGAGGGAGAAAGAUGGUUGCUACCUGCUUGCACCUUACUGGAUUUGUGGCGAGUUUCGUGGGCUGGAUCAGCUUGAUCGUGGCCACCUCCACCAACGACUGGGUCGUGACAUGUGGCUACACCAUCACCACCUGCAGGAAGAUGGAUGAGCUGGGAUCCAAGGGGCUGUGGGCAGACUGUGUCAUGGCUACCGGGCUCUACCACUGCAAGCCACUGGUGGACAUCCUCAUACUACCAGGGUACGUCCAGGCCUGUCGAGCACUGAUGAUUGCAGCCUCAGUUUUGGGACUCCCUGCCGUGUUUUUGCUGGUGACCGUCCUGCCUUGUAUCCGAAUGGGCAAUGAACCCGGAGUGGCCAAAUAUCGACGGUCCCAGCUGGGCGGAAUCCUUCUGAUCCUCUUGGCACUGUGUGGCAUCGUGGCUACGAUUUGGUUCCCCGUAAGCGCUCACCGUGAGACGAUGAUAAUGAGCUUCGGAUACUCUCUCUACACGGGCUGGAUCGGUUCUGCUCUUUGCCUCUUUGGUGGGUGCAUCAUCGCCUGCUGCUCGGGAGACGCGCAGUCGUUUGGCGAAAACCGCUUCUACUACGCCUCAGGAUCCAGCUCUCCCACCCAUGCUAAAAGCGCCCACGUAUAAAACACUCUGGAGACUUCGUACCUUCAUCGAGUGCUUUGAAACGGGUCGAUGGGUUUUCUUUGUGUGUUGAAUUCACUUACAUCUUCAUGCACAAGGUGGCCGUAUCCCUGGACGAGGAGUUGCUGAACUAGCCCAAGUAAUCUGAUAUCGUAAAAGUAUGAAACCCGCACGAUUCCCUUAAUAGACCAGACCAUUCUCGGAAUAUGUCCAGCUGUCCAUGCUCCUAUGCUCAUGAUUACUAUUGAAAAGCAUUCACUGGUCUGGCCUUUUAUCCCUUUUCUUUUCUCUCUCCUUCAGAAAGUGAGCUAACAAAAGUGCAGGUUGUUUUGAAUUGUCCGCAUGAUCUGUAAUUUCCCCAGCAUUAAGUUGCCAUCUCUUCUUUCCCCCCCACCCUGUUUCAAGGCCGUUGUGGGGACAAACGUAUGAUGAAACGGGGAGGAAGAAACUGUAUUGUCCCAUGUGCACAAAUGUUUCCCUUCUUAUGAGAUUAGGGGGGUUUCUCUUUGCUUUCUCUGUUCUCUUUUUAAAGGAAUCUGAUCACUUUUGUAACAGUGUUUUUGCCUAAACGCAUCAGUAUGAAGGAGGCACAGCCAAAUGUUUCUAAUUACAAGGUAAAUAACAGAACAUUUGUACAUAGUCUUAAAUAUAAGUAAUGGGGCUAAUCCCCAGACCACCCUUCCCCCCCUUUUUUGUACAGUUUUGUUGCUAAAAUGUACUCCCCCCCCCUUUUUACUUUUUUCCAAUUAAUUUGUAUUCUGACAUGCACUAUUGGUGUGGAUCUUGUCUAAAAUGUAUCCUAUAAUCUAUCAGAUGCCAAUUCAGUAAAAUCCAAUGAAUACUGAUGAUGCCUUUGUUCUGAAGUACUGUACAAUAUCCAGAAAUAAAU